AUGUUCUCUCCAUAUUCGGAGGAAUUCGACGUUCCUGACCCUACUCUUCGACCAUGCGACUUUGAAAUAUCACCUCCCACUUCCAAGCGCAUCAAGACCUCAGCGGCAAGCGCCCCGCCACACCUACUCGCCCAACAACAACUCCACCCAUUCCAUCGGGUGCCGACAUUUGAGGGUAUCCCGAUCCCAUCAGCUCCGAUUCCCCAACAAACAUCUUCAACGUCGCGGAAACGACCUCCAUCUCCUUCGGCUGGCCCAUCAGGCAUGAUGGCGAGCCCGAUGCCCCCCGCCUCCCGACUUCCAUUGAACCCACUCCUAAGAAAAAGGGGUCGCACCAAUACCCCAUGGACUGCGGAAGAGGAACAACGAUUGAAGACGAUGCGGGACGCAGGACGUAGCUGGAGUGAGAUUGCGAAGACUUUCCCCACGCGCACCGAGGGUAGCGUGAAGAAGCAUUGGUAUAAAGACAUGCACUAUGCCGAAUUCGCCGAGGAUGAGUCUAUCAAACUCCGUGAAGCCAUCAAGGAGUAUGAGGCGAACAAGUGGAAGGUCAUUGGCCAGAAAGUGGGAAAACCUGCUAAAGCGUGUGAGCAAUAUGCCAAGGAGCAUUUCAAGACCAUUUAA